AUGGUGGGAAUGUGGACAUUUACAGCGGCAACGCGCCACAUGUGCUAUGACAAGUCCAAGUUUGAAGUUCUGGACGAGCGCAAUGAAGGUGAAGUGCUCGUUCCAGACGGAAACAAGGCUACGAUCAAUAGAGUUGGGACUAUCGUUGAAAAGGUGGUCCUACCAUACGGUGAAGAGCGCGAAGUUGAAAUCGAGGACGCACUGUAUGUCUCGAGCAUGAACAAGAACGUGUUGAAGGUAUGA